UUACAAAAAGUUGACCUAUUUAAACCCUACAAAUUUCAUUACAACGAACCAUCGAGGAUAAUCAUGAUAACGGGGUUCGGAGCGUACAUGGGUUUACAUAAUGUCGGUAUAUUAUCGACAGACAGUUUUCGUAUAGAGUAAUAGAGUGAAAUGAACACUUUACGGUGUAAUUUGUCUUUAAUUGAUUACGAAUAUUUAGUUUAUUGAAUUACGAACUUUAGAACUGGCGGUAAAUAUCACAUUUGGAACGCCAUUGGCGAACAGCCUAUGAUUCGUAACCACUGGUCCGUACACUGUUGUCGGGAAGUGUAUCAGAAGGUUAACCAAGAAGUGUCAUUUCUGUAAAAGUUGAAAUUUAUAUUUUGCGUAAUUUUGUAAAUAUAAAUACCAUGGAGGAUAUAAUGCAUUUAGACUUAUACGAGUUGAUUGGUACUGUUCCAACAGCUUCUACAAAAGAGAUUAAAAGAGCUUACCGCACAACAGCGUUAUCAUGCCAUCCUGACAAAAAUCCGGAUAAUCCAAGAGCAGCUGAAUUGUUUCAUCAACUGUCGAAAGCUUUGGAAAUAUUGACUACAGAGUCUACUAGAGUAACUUAUGAUAAAGCCUUCAAUGCUCGGCAUCAGGCUAAACUCCGUUUACAAGAGUACGAUGUAAAGCGCAAGAGGCUUAUAGAGGAAUUAAAUGCUCGUGAGGAAGCUCACAGACAGGAAGUGAAAUCAAAGGCUGAAAUAGAAAAACUGCGUAAAGAAUCCCGAAGAUUGUUUAUGGAGGAACAAGAAUUAGCACGUAAAAAGGAUGAAGAAAGACUUCAGAGAUUAAAGCAAGAAUUUUGCAAACAGAAUAAUAUACCUCAAAGUAGUGUAGAAGAACGUAGAAUUAAAAUUAAAUGGAAAGUUGUGAAGGAUGAUCAAAAUAAUGGAGGCUAUGACUACGACACGUUGUACGAUAUAUUAAUACCGUAUGGGGCAAUAGAGGCUCUGGUAAUUUCCAAGAAUAAUAAAGGACGAGCUAUGGUGGAAUUCCAACAUAAACGAUGUGCAGAAUUAGCAGCACAGAAAGCAAUUGGUCACGUCAAGAAUCCCUUAACAUUAAAGGGUUUAUGGACCACCAAUAAAAAUUCGAAAUCUUCAAUUCCACAGUCAACCGAACCAAGUAGAAAAACAUUUUCCUUCGUUUCUCCUGCACCGGAAGUGAAUAAACCACAAUCGAGUAUGUCAUUUGAAGAUUAUGAAAGGAUGGUCUUAGGUGAAUUAAGACAAGCAGCAGAUCGGCAAAAAUUGCAGGAUCAGGAAAAUACAUGAUAGCACUGAAAAUAAGUGCUUGUAAGAAUUGUGAACUUAUUAGAAAUUUAUAUAAAUGUAUUUAUUUUUACACAACUAUCAAGGAAUUUAAGAAUUUUACUAUUCCUACAACAUGUCUCAAAAUCUCGAUAUUUCAAAAGGAUAAAGGAGAUUCUUUAUGUAGAAUAAAAUAUACAAAGAGCAAACUUAAUAUUGUAAAGCAUUUAUUUAUCGAAACAAUCGUUCAUCUGACGUUUGCAAAGGUUAAAAAAAAUGCGAUUGGAAUAAAUUAGCUAUGACUUGAAAA